ACGAUCUUGCGAGAUGAGGUUUGUUGAGUCUGGAUUCGCUGUGCGGCGGGAUUCAAGGAGCUAGAGAUUUAUGGCGCUGCGGGACUUUUAAACAGCGAUCUGGGACUGCGGGCUUUUUUUUUUUUUUUUUUAAUGAAAAUCUGGACUAUCCCGGGAGAAGCGGGACUGUUGGGAGCUGGCCAUGCCUACCCGGGGCAUAAAAAGAAAACUUCCUGAAUGGGAGGAUAUUGGCAUGGAUGGAUUCUUGGCAUUUCGUCCCGAUUCCUAUCCUUAUGUUCGACAGUCCUUGCUAAACUUGUCACUGGAGAAGUUCAACAAGGGUCGUAUGAUGGUGGAGCCAAGUCUCAGACGCUAUGUCCUUAUCGCUAAUACUCUUCAUAUUAUCCAAGAUGAGAUCAGGAGGGAGAAUAACUACACCUCUCCUGUGGCAGAGGCAGGAGUUAAUGGUGCAUAUGACCAGGCCCUUGGAGAUGCAGUAGGGGUGAAUGCAACAAUGGAAAAUCGCUUCCCACUCCUAGCUGAAGAACUUGAUAAUAUUUUACCAACUAUGGAUGAUGAUUUCUCUGUGUCUGCUGCCAUUGCUAACAUUCUGAAAGAGCUGGAGAAUGUGCUGGAUGAAGGUUGUCCUCAAAAUCUCCAGCGUUUGUCACUCAGUCAAAAUUUAGAGUCAAAAAUUGCAUUUGGAAACAGUAUCUGUCCCCAAAAUGCACAGCAUCAAAGCAGCUCCAUUGAAACAGUGAAGGAUGUAUUAGGCAGGGAGGCAACACUUAAUUCUAGCUCAGGGUGCAAAGAAGAGAAUAAAGAGAUAGAGUUGAUAACAGAAUUGGUGUUGUCUGCUGCUUGUUCUGAAACUCUUCAAGAACUCCCGGUAGCUAUGGACACAUCAAUGUUAGAGACAGCAUCUUCUAAAGACUUGUCAAAUAGUUCUCUUGUUGCGGCCCCUGUGCCCAUGGACACUUUAGUCUCCAAAGAUAUGCCAACUCACUCUGAAAACAUGCAGCAGAAUUCUUCUGAAACACCUUUACAAUGUUUAAAACCCAAGGAAUCCGUUUUUGGAAGCUUUGAAAUUAUGAGUUCAAGCUACCUCAAUGACGUCUCCUUCGAUGACCCUUUUUCAGAUAUAGACACCUCCGUUUUUGAAAAAGAGAUGCCUGCCAUAGUUGGCUCCAGUAGCCGCCUCUCCGCUUCAGAAGACUGCUGGUUUCCAUCUGCCUGUAAUAGUCCAUCUUUCAACUCCAACCAAGGUAUCAGAGACUGCAAUGACCUUGACAACAUCAUUGAGAUUCUUGUAGGGUCCUGACAUCUUAUUAGCCUUAUUUCUCUACUCCAACCCUCGGCAUUAAAACACUGUGAAUUGUUUCUGUACCUCUUCUAAAAUCAAGCUAGCAAUCGGUUAGCUGAGGGGAAGGAGGAUUCUAAGCAAUAGCAAAUUUGCACAUAGACUAAUAUCCCUUACUGGUCAACUUCUGUUCAAAGCAAGAGUAGUGCCUCCUGCCAGUGAAAGGUGGUGUUCAUGUUUACAAGAGCAAUGGAUUGCUUCUUUACAUACUGUGGCUCAAUGUUGCUGAUUUAUGGCUAGCCAUUGCCUCCUUUUUUAUGUUUUGUUUUAAUGUCAUUCUUUACUCGGGAGGUAUUGCUGUGAAACUCUGGGCUAUUCCACAUUGUCUUCUAUGAAGAUACUAUUUUAAAAUAUUUAUUUAGGUAUCUGUCUUUUUAUAUAAGUAUCUACUUUUAAAAGUGUUUUUCUGACCAUGGCUUUCUGGAAGGCACAGCUUCCAUUCCUCACUAUGCACCAUAUUUCCUAUACAAUUUGCAAGAGUUUUUAUUUAUACCUUUAUUGCGUUAUUUAUUUUUAUACAGUUGGGGUUUUUUUUUUUUCCAAUGGUUCAUGUGUCAGGUCUACUGAAUUUUCAUUUUAUGUCUGUGUCUUCUUUUCUGUCUUGCCUUCAAUAGGGACCUGCUGUUAAUGUCAUGAGUUUAUCUUAAUUCUUGCUAGAACUGGAGGAUAUCGGGUACCCUAUGAUUUGGGUACCAUUUCUAACUGUUUUAUGACAAUUUUAGAUCUUCUAAAAUCCCAUUUUGGGGAAUACAUUAUAAAUACAAUGCAGAAACAGUUUAAUUCUGAGUAAGCGUCUUCCAACAGACGCUUACUCAAAACUCAGUUUGCAGCCUCUUGUUAAGGACAUUACAAUUUAUCACUUGCGCUGUACCUUUUGCCAGCAAGAUCUUUGCAGUCCUCUUUUGAGACAACUUGUUGACAAAUCAAAACAUCAGGUCAUAGUGCUGUCCCACAGCCACUUCAGUGUUUUUCAUAUGUACUUUCCGUUAGUAGCCUUUUUCGGAACACUUUUCUGACUGUGAGGCUGAAUCCUUUGCGGAUAGAAGUCUAUAAGGGCAAUGGCAAACAGAGACUUCAGGUGUUCUACCUGCCAUGUGUUUUUAGUAUACAGAAGCCAUAGACCUACAUGUGGAUCACCAGAAAGCAGUGCAUGUUCUUGCGCAAGAAUCGCCUGAUAAACUAGUGAUUUUAAUCGAUCUCAUAGUGGCAGGUGGACGACAAUUUCUGUAAUUCUGGCUAAUGUACAAACUGGCCCUGAGUGGCAUUGCCCUAAAAGUGUUAUUCAACUCAGAAUAAAAUGAGCUUUGUUCAAAUCUAUCUUAAUUUAAAUGUAAUUGUAUCUAAGAACUGUGGAUUUUGCAAUGUGCAUGUAAUAUAAAAGCUCAAUGAAAUACCUCAAGAAGCAACGGUUUCUAAUCUCUUGUGGAAUAUAAAGCCAUGUUAAACCUUUAAAAUUGCUUGGGCACCUCAAUGCUAGAUUUUAUAGAGACCUCUCUGACUCUCCCAAGACUUAUUGUUUUCUUUUGCAACAUUGUAGAACCAGAAGCAUUGGGUCAAACGGACUUCAAAAAAGGGGGAAAAAGCCCUAAUGUUUCUGAAAGCCUCAAGAUUUCCCAAAUUUUAUCUUCAUAAUCCGAAUUUACUGAUCAUUCCAUGUAUACAAGUAUUGUUUUGUUCCUGUUAGUAUUACUUCGGUAAGAUUUAUUAUAUCAGGUGCUGUGGUUUUACAAAUAAAGUUGCCAAGGCAUAUUGGGCUUUUAGGAUGAAGUUGUAGAGCAUGUGCCUGUGGUUUGAGCAAUACAAAGGUAGCAGCAAAAGUCCCAUAACUAAAUACCCACAUCUUUAGAGACAAAUAACCUGAAACUUUCCAUUAUGAUAUGAGAAUAUUGCCCCCUAUUUAGUUUAUUAUUUGGAAUGAGGCUUUAAAUAGGAGUUGCAUCCUGUUUCACUUUGCACAUUUUAUAGGGAAAUGUAUUUAAUUUCAUUGUGUGUCUUGGUUUUUGUUUUAUGCAAUGUGUACAGAUGGGUGAGUAUUUUGUUAUGUAUUUUUGCUAACUUAACAAAAUAAAAGGUAAAAACCCAUAA